GGGAGAGGGAGGAGAGGGAGGAGAGGGACAGAGUGUAUGUUCAACUCUCUCCUUCAUUCAUUUUUCUCCAGUGCAUGACUGACGUGUCUUACGUGUGGCUGCUAGAAGCCUCACCUGUGUUCAAUCAUGAUUCGGGUCAUCUGUCCCAUGUGUGUUCUUCUCUUUGCGCUCCUCUUUGGGUGCAUGAGCGCACGUCCUGACUCACCAGGCCGAUCACGGCGUGCUCCUGCUGCCAAAGUGCGACUGGCAGGUAACAGCCAGAGAGAAAAUGAGGGACGAGUUGAAGUCCUGCACAACGGGACAUGGGGCACCGUAUGCGAUGACGAGGUCGACAUUAAACUCGCUGAUGUGGUGUGCAGGGAAUUGGGUUUCCAAAGUGGCUUAACAUGGGCACACAGUGCCAAGUAUGGAGAAGGAGAAGGCCCAAUCUGGAUGGAUAAUGUGAGGUGUGAAGGAACGGAGAAAACUCUGAAAGACUGCAAGUCGAACGGGUGGGGUGUUCAUGACUGCAAACACACUGAGGAUCUCGGGGUGAUCUGUAGUCCGGAGAGAAGACUAGACCAAGUGCAUCCUGGAGUCACCAGAAGAGGGCACACCAUUGCUCUCAGACCAAAUGUAGUCACCUCAAACCGUUGGCAGGACAUUUACUCCAGUUCAAGGACACCUGCACAUCUCAGACAAGGAAAUGGACAUUCCCAGGAUCAUACCAGUUGGGAUCAAUUCUCCAGACAGCAGUUUCAUAAUCCGUCUGCCAGUAGGGUGAGGAUCGAGGAAGUCCGUCUCAAGCCGAUCUUGAUGGUCACAAAGAAGCACGCCCUUGUUACGGAGGGUGUGGUGGAAGUAAAGCAUGCUGGGAGAUGGAGACAGGUGUGUGAUAAAGGCUGGAGUCUGAACAGCAGCAGAGUUGUGUGUGGGAUGCUUGGCUUUCCUGAUGCGGAGCAGCCCAACAUGAACACCUACAAAAAAAUAUGGGAUAAGAAAGUCAAGGAUACAACAACCAGACUGAGUCAGAUGACCAAAAAGAAGGGAUUCUGGGUUGAGAAAGUACAUUGUCUGGGCACAGAGCCCAGCCUGGCGGAGUGCCAUGCCCAGCUGUCAAUCCCUCGAAGCCCCACCCCCUGUAAGAACGGACGCCAUGCAGUGGCCCGCUGUGUCCCAGGUCCACAGUUUGCUCGUAUGUCCUCUGGCAGACCCCAAGCACCUCACCCUGCAGAGCUGUCAGUGCGUCUGAAGGCUGGACCACGCCUGGGAGAAGGAAGAGUUGAGGUUCUCCGUGAGGGGAAGUGGGGAACUGUGGUUGACCACCGGUGGGACCGGAUCUCAGCUAGUGUGGUCUGUAGAGAGCUGGGCUUCGGCUCUGCCAAAGAGGCUCUUACCGGAGCAUACAUGGGUCAAGGGACGGGGCCGAUCCACAUGAAUUCAGUGCACUGCACUGGCACAGAGCGCUCUAUUUUGGAGUGUUACUUCCAGGAAGUCCCUCCCUGGACAUUCAAACACAGCCAGGAUGCUUCUGUCAAAUGUUAUGUUCCUAAGACAGGCAUGGAGACUAUGGUGCGGUUGGCGGGGGGCAGGGUCCCGGCCGAGGGUCGUGUGGAGGUGCUAAUGGAGGUGGGGGGCAGAAAGCGUUGGGGGACGAUUUGCAGUGAAAACUGGGGAAUAAAUGAAGCCAUGGUGGUAUGCAGGCAGCUGGGCUUUGGUUUCGCCGCACAUGCCCAUCAGGACACACAUUACUGGCAAGGUGACCCAGCGGCAAAAGAGGUAUUGUUGAGUGGGGCUCACUGUGUGGGAACAGAAAUGUCUAUCCAGCAGUGCCGCCAAAAUAGUUACAUCCAUUGCCCUCGAGGAGGCGGAGCUAAAGCAGCGGGUGUCACCUGUUCUGAAACGGCACCUGAUCUGGUUUUGGAUGCACAGCUCGUGCAGGAGAGCGCUUAUCUGGAAGACAGGCCUCUGCACCUGCUCACCUGUGCGCAUGAGGAGAACUGUCUCUCCUCCUCUGCCAGUCGUAUGCAGUGGCCGUAUGGGCACCGCCGUCUUCUGCGUUUCUCCUCCCGUAUCAUGAACUUGGGUAGAGCUGACUUCCGUCCACGAGCCUCAAGAGAGUCCUGGACCUGGCACCAGUGCCACAGGCAUUAUCACAGCAUUGAAGUGUUCACACAUUAUGACCUCCUCACACUCAACGGAAGCCGAGUGGCUGAAGGACACAAAGCCAGUUUCUGUCUGGAAGACACCUACUGCCCUGAUGGACUUCACAAACGCUUUUCAUGUUACAAUUACGGAGAUCAAGGCAUAUCGGUGGGUUGCUGGGACACUUACCGCCACGAUAUCGACUGCCAGUGGAUAGACAUCACUGAUGUCAGUCCUGGAGACUACAUCAUGCAGGUUGAGGUAAAUCCGUCCCUGGACAUGGCGGAAUCAGAUUUUAUGAACAACGUCAUGCGUUGUCGAUGUAAAUAUGAUGGACACAGAGUGUUUAUGUAUGGCUGUCAUGCAGGUGAUGCCUACAGUGCUGAAUCUGAGGAUUUAUUUGAACAUCAGCGUCAGAUCAGCAAUAACUUCAUUUGA